CGAACAACGAUAAACAACCAACUUGGACCAUCUUCUGUGGAAUCUGCGGCACUCUUAGUACUCUGCAAAUCAUGCCACCAGGUGUUGGGCUCCCAUACGACCCGUCCGACCUAUCCCAGCAUAUUCACGCCCAACUCGAGGGACUCGGCGAGCUCGCGAUCUAUUUGACCCGGUCGGUCUCGACUAGAGGUGCAGCUUCAGCAGGCCCGAGCCAGGUCAAAGCGGCUUCUACAGAAAACACAGAGGCGGGAAGGACGGAGAAGAAAGAACAGAUCGCCGAGAUGGAAGUGGCGCUCAGAAGGGUUCAUUUGGGGGACGAAUGGUGGGUGGACAUGACCGAACAAGAGAUGUUGGGGUAUCUCGAACGCAAGGAGAAGGCUCUCAAAGAUCUGCAAGAACGGAUACGGAAUGCUUCUUAUCCCAGAGUAGAAUUGCAGAAGGUCGACAUGGACGUUCAACCGAAGCUGGGACUAGCAGAAGCAGCCAGUAUCCAGACGAAUGGGCUUGAAUCCGAGGACGAACCUGUCCCUACGACAAUAUCCAUGUCAUCAACGGAUCUAAUCACGGACAAACAUUCAGAAAGCUCUUCUGACGAGGACGCUGACGACUCUGACGAUGAGGAUGACCAACUUCCCAGGCCUACGAAGCUCAUUCCCGCUGCAGAUCAACCUCAACCCCGGUCUCAGGGAGAAGGAGACAAAGAAGAGCCUGCUCGCGGGGUACGGGACAUCUCCAAAGCCAUAGAAACCCUGCCCGAAACCCUUCGAGGUCCCUUGAAAGAGAUCUUGGGGGCGAAAGAUGGGAACGAGGUGAUCAAUGAGGAAGGAUUACCGGUCAUCGAUAUCAGGGAGGAGGUGAAAGCGGGUCAAGGUCAGGGCGGAAAGGUGGAUGGCGGUGCGGAUAUAAGCGAGGGUGAUACGUCAGGGAAAGCGGAGGAAGCGGGAGGUGCGAAGAAGGAGGAAGAUGACUAUUGGUCAGCGGCUGCUGUGGCCAGGAGGAAGAAGUUGCGGGAACGCUUGUUUGACUCGGACGACCCUGAUGAGGAUGAGGACGAGGAUGAAAAUCGAUCACGCUCUAAGAAAUCGCCGAAAGCUGCAGCGACACAGCCGGUUGUUGAGGACGAGCCUAUGACAGCACCAGCCAAGCCGGGCUUCAUGCUCGCCGCGAGGGAACUGAAGCAUUCGACACCAGAAGAUCGGGCUACCAUCGACCUGGUCGAGAAGAUUCCUGAUAUCAAGGAACGGGCUUCGAGGCUGGACAAGGGGAAAGGCAAAGCGGUGUCGGAUUCGUCCCCGUCGCCAGGUGAUGAGGAGAAUGAGUCCGCUCCCGUUCCUCAACGGAGAAAGAGCGUGACGUUUGCAGCUCAGGCCAAAGUACGGACCUACGAGAAAGGGGAAGCUAUUCCGAUCAUGAACAAACCCGUCGACGAGGACGGAUUGACGAAAGAGCCCGCCCAUAUCGCACCGAAAACUACGACGACAGCGAAACCCGGUAACGACAAGCUGUUUAGUGGGUUCAAGAAGGGGUUCCUCAAUGGAAGCCAAAAGACGUCGUCAGCCUUGCCUACCAGGGUGGUCGCAUCGCCUAAGGUCUCGUUGAGCAAGAGCAGUACUAAGAUCGAGAUGGUUGAGGACGUCUCCGCUCCCACCGUUUCGAUAAAGACGGCUCAAGUGGCUUCACAGCGCAAGAUGGCUAGCGCCCCUUCUGCUUCCUCGUCUGCGCCUUUUCGUUCGGAGAUCGUGAUGGACCCUGAUUUCGCGUUGCCUGCGGAUCUCCAGGCCCAGCUGGAUCAGAUGACCGGAGAGCCACCUUUACCCCUGCCGGAUACUUUGCAACCCCUCGCUCCGUCUCACGAUGACGCUAGUGGUACGCAGAGUGGCAAGGGAAAGAGUCUGUUUGCGAUGAGGAACAAGGCGUUGGCGAACGGGUUGAUACCAGGACGAAAUGCUUCCAACACGAGCGCACCGCCACCAGAGGGAGAUUCGACGAACGGAAACGGGACUGUUGGAACGGGUGCGAGCCGGUUCGAUCGAGCGGGCGAUCCGAUCAAGUUCAAGGUGGUCGAGAAGCCGCCUCGGCCGGUAGUUGAGAAACGCGCUGUGCCCGAAAUCGCCGAGAUGAAGCCGUUGAAAGUCGCACCGAAGCGAAAAGAGGCGAUUGGAGGGAUCGUUGAGCGAAGCGCUCCGUCUAAACCGCGUAAUGUCGAUGCGGGAGAAGCGAUCCCUUUGCCUAGCCCUGAGUCCAUCACUGGUCAAAAGGUACAGGCGACUCAGCUGCAGGAGCAACUCGAUCAGGCUAAUGGCAAUGGGCGCGAGGACGCGCCAGAAGCACCGGCCGACGACGAUAGUGCCGAAGAGGAUGACGACGUCGAUUCGAACAAAUCGUACGAAUACUCGGAUACCGAGUCGGUCAACUUCGACAUGGACCGAGGAUUGCUGGCAAGGGAAGCCGCGAUGGCGUACCAUCAGAAGCGUAGUGCUCUCGGACGAAAGGCCCUUGGAGGAUGGACCGGCGUGGUGGACGAGGACGGCAAGACCGGGUUUUACAGCGACGAGGUGGACGAGGCGCAGAUCAAGAGCGAAGCGGUCUCGUUUGGCGAGAAGCUCUUGCCACGUGCGAAUCUGCGCAGUUUCGACGUAAGCAAAGAGGACGAGGAUGAUGAUGAUAUUCCGUCUGUCAGCCUGCCCACCAUCAUACCAGGCGUGGAUAACCUGCCAUCGAUGAUCAGGGUCGGCAAGCUUGAAAAUGGCAACCUGAUCCUCCAGGCCGAGGAUGAAUCUGAAGACGAAUUCGCUGACGCUCCCGAAGGUCUCAAGCGAGAGACGGAGGAGCAAAAGGCAUGGCGAGCUGAUUUCCGCGACAAGAUGGCUGCCAAGAACAAGAAGAAGGAGAUUGUCGCUCGGCUUGGCAAGGGGGAGGUGGAAGAGAUGAUUAGGGAAGACGAAGCGAGGGAAACUCAGGCCAAGGCUAUGAGGGUGGUCAAGAACCAUGAUAACGUUGCGCCGAAAGUCAGGGAGGAAGUCGCGCCGCAGCAGAACCCCGUUGAAGAGGUGGUUACCGAGCGGAAGAGCAAAACUCCCUUGGUCGGUUCGAUCAAGGAGAAGGGUAGCAUCAUAGAGGCGAAAGCGGAGGAGGAGCCGGUAGUCGAUAAGCCCAAAAAGGUUUCGCGCUUCAAAGCCGCCAGGAUGGCUGGUAACGGCAAUGUUUAGAUGUCUACGUGUUUUGUAUCGUCUAACGACACAACGCCUAUCAGCUUGACAUAUCCUGUUCAAACUCUAUCCACAUGAUCAUGCAUCGCUGUCAUAACCGCUUGGACAUAGUCGUUCAUGAAACAUCCCUACCCUGCGAAGGUCAGCGUAGUUGACACCCGCGUCCUGACGAUAUUACACAAACGGAUCGGCACCGCUUUGCUAUCAAAGCCCACCUCAAACCGGAAUUUGUAGAUCUACCUUGCUGCUCUUCUCUUCUUACUUGUCUCUGUUACCCGAAUCCCGGU